UGUAAUCGGGCUUCUGCUAGUUUCCCUGACGUCGCUUCCAGGAAAAUAAAUCAAAUUAGGAAGGAUCCCAUCACAGGCGGAGGAGACGCGUUCAAACAGCAGAUAUGUUUCGCAACCAGUACGACAACGAUGUGACAGUAUGGAGCCCACAGGGCCGUAUUCAUCAGAUCGAGUAUGCCAUGGAGGCUGUGAAGCAAGGUUCUGCAACUGUGGGACUCAAAUCCAGAACCAAUGCAGUCCUGGUGGCACUGAAGAGAGCCCAAUCUGAAUUGGCUGCCCACCAGAAGAAGAUCCUCCAUGUCGACAACCACAUCGGAAUCUCCAUUGCUGGACUGACAGCUGAUGCCAGACUGCUCUGUAACUUCAUGCGUCAGGAGUGCUUGGACUCAAGAUUUGUCUUUGACAGGCCCCUCCCCACGUCACGGCUCGUGUCUCUUAUCGGCAGCAAAACCCAAAUUCCGACACAGAGGUAUGGAAGGAGGCCCUAUGGUGUCGGCCUUCUCAUUGCUGGCUAUGAUGACAUGGGACCUCACAUCUUCCAGACCUGCCCAUCAGCAAACUACUUCGACUGUAAAGCCAUGUCCAUCGGAGCACGUUCUCAGUCUGCACGCACCUACCUGGAGAGAUGCAUGGACAAGUUUGCUGACUGUAAUUUGAAUGAUCUGGUCCAACAUGGCCUCCGUGCUCUCAGAGAAACUCUCCCCAGCGAGCAGGACCUCACUACCAAGAAUGUUUCCAUUGGCAUUGUGGGAAAAGACAUGGAGUUCACCAUUUAUGACGAUGAUGAUGUUGCCCCAUUCCUGGAGGGACUGGAGGAGAGGCCGCAGAGAAAGGUUGCCCAGCCUGCAGAUGAACCUGCUGCCGGACCAGGAACUGGUGAGCCAAUGGAGCACUGAGGUGGUCGUGUCAGUUAACUUCCUGUUAUGAAAGAGGGCCGGCACAAACCCAGACCAACCUGAUACUGCAACUCACCAGAGUAACUUGUGUAGGGGAAAGUUGUUGUUGUGAUGUGCCACUUGCAAAACUGUUAAUCCAAAAUAUUCUAUGCUAACAUCAACCAAUGUGAUGUUGCUUUUGUAUGAGUAAAGUACCAUUAUACAAGUAAUAAACUCUUUUUUUGAA